AAAAUUAUUUGACUUCUCGGGAAACGAGAGUUGCAUUCUUUUUGGAUGGAGGGAGUAGAUUUGAUUGAUCAAAUAAUUUAUUGCAUGGAGCGUUAAGAACAUCUAAGGUUCCCAUGGUGCUGCUUUCCUGCAGAUUUGCGUCUGAGAUCUGGUACUGGCUGCAAGCACAACGGAAUGAAGUUUCUUUCAUAUGACAUGCUUACAUAAUUAGAAAUCAGAACAUGUCGUGUUAGCUAGCACUCACGGUCAAUGGCCCGUCGCACCACGGCGCUUCCUCGCCGGAGGACAAGCUUCCGGCCGCCGCGUAGACUGGGAAAGGGUGAUGGCAAGAGUCUCCGGCGGUCCGGCCGCCGCUCCUUGGCUGCUGUUGUUUCUGUAUUGUGGACCAACACUAGAGGCAUUAGUCUACGGCAUUUUGUCUGGAAGAGAGAAGGAAUUGCCCGUAAAGAAAGAAACAAAGGAAUUGCUCCCAGUCCCAACCUCCCACGCGGACCCCUUCCGUCGCCGCCAUGCUGCUCCUCCGAAGCCGCCUCCUCCCUCUCCUCCGCGCAGCUACCCUGCUCCCCUCCCCUACGCACCACCGCGCCUGCCUCCUCUCCGCCUCCGCCGCCCCAUUCUGCCUCGAGGACUACCUCGUCGCCGCCUGUGGCCUCGCCCCAGCUCAAGCCCGCAAGACGGCUAAGAAGGCGUUCGAUGAAGCAUCCAAAGACUGUAAAAAGAAGGCAUUCGAGGAGCUCCGCACGUCUCGCCUCAACUCCGCCUCCAACCCCAACGCCGUCCUCGCCCUGCUCUCUGGCGUCGGCCUCCCCCGGACCGACAUUGCUUCCAUCGUCGCCGCGGACCCGCUCCUCCUCCGCUCCUCGGUGAAGAACGUCGGCCCUCGCCUCCACGCCCUCCGCGACUGCCUCGGUCUGUCCGCACCCCAGAUCGCUCGCUUCCUCCUUCUCGGCUCACGCACUCUCCGCGGCUGCGAUAUCGUUCCCAAGCUGGAGUUCUUCAUCUCCUUCUAUGGCUCAUUUGAGCAGCUCCUCGUGGUCAUGAAGAAGAACAACACCAUCCUAUUUUCGGAUUUGGAGAGGGUGAUCAAGACUAACAUCGCGCUGCUUUGUCAGUGCAGUCUAAGUGUUCGAGAUAUUGCCCAGCUGUGUUCACGCAAUGCGCGGUUGCUUACCUUCAGCCCAGAGCGUAUCAAGGAGUUCGUGCUACGCGCCGAAGAGCUUGGGGUGCACCCCAGCUCGCGGAUGUUCAAGCACGUAAUCAGAUCUGUCUCAGAGACCAACAAAGAGAAGGUUGCUGCCAGGCUCGAAUUUUUGAAGAGUACUCUUGGUUGCUCCGGGAGUGAAGUUGCAAUUGCAGUCUCCAAGAAGCCAACUAUUCUAGGAUACUCUGAGGAGGGCCUUCUCCGCAAGAUUCAGUUCUUGAUCAAAGAGGUUGGAAUGGAGCCUCAGUACAUUGUUGAAAGGCCUGUCCUAUUAUCAUACAGCCUGGAGAAGCGGCUAGUGCCCCGGCAUUGUGUCAUGAAGGUCCUGCAGGAAAAAGGAUUGCUGAGUAGUAAAAUGGGCUUUUACAAAUUUGCUCAAAUUGGAGAGGAGACUUUCAAAUUGAAGUAUAUCGACUAUCACAAGGACUCUGUUCCUGGGCUUGCAGAUGCUUACGCCACAGCUAGUGCUAUAGUUGUGCCCUCUGGAAUGAAAUCAUAACAUCUUAAAGUGUUCCAAUUCUUUUUGCAACUCACGCUCAUUCGCAGUUGUCGAUGUUACAGGCGUUCUCAAUUCUUUUUCUUUUGAAAAGAAGUUCUCAGUUCUUUCUGCAAUAGAACUAUUAGUGAUCUCGGACUGCUCAUAGUCUGACUUUUAAGUUAUUCUGUCAAGGAGCUGGUUGGCUUAUUUUGAGCCUUGCUGCACGUGUUUGUUAGUCGCUUCUUCUGUCUAGCACACGGCUGAAGAUUAUUCUGCGGACAGGCCCUUGUCGUAGCACUUAAUCUAGUUGGAAUUUGGCAGCACUGGCUUUCCCUUUUUCUCUAACCGUGUUUGUUCAGUAUGUUUCAUUUGUACUGGCAUUUUACAGCGCUCGCUGAUACUUCUUUGGGGCUUGACUAUUUUGUUUAUAGAGGAAUGGAUUAUUCUUGUUUCUACUGAUGGUUACUACUUACUUUACUGAGGCUGAACUAGAACUUUCAAGUAGUGGCCGAUAUUGCUACUGAGAAGAAACAAUUGUGUAAACCAAGUAUUGUGGCCAACAAUACAUUCAUGAUUUCUAAGAACUGUUUUGGUUCUAUGGACCUCUGCCUAUGUACUGAAGAUGGUUCUGUUUUUUUCCCAAGGAAUUGGAGACUGACUGCUGAAAACAGAUGGCACGAACUAAUUUGCUGUUCUUGCAUUUCCACAGAACAUAUCCCUUUUGUAUGGGCUAUCAAUCUGAUUAUGUAAAUCGGUCUGUCAUAUAUAGAGAACAUAUCUCUUCUGGAAAUAAUUCCAUUAAAUAAGGAAACAAAAUAUUCUUAAAUCAAAGCUUGUUUAUUAGCAUUUUGAUAGUCCUGUGAUUUUGAGAAGUGAUAUUUUUUCUCAAAACAUUUGCACUUGUA